UCGGAUUGUGAUUUUAGUGCUUAGGGCUCAAUUUUUCUGUGCCAAUUUUAGGUUUAUCAAUUUUUCUUCGCAAUUUCUAUCUUCUUGUUGUUGUUGAUGCUGAUUGAGCUUGUUGUAGGUUUAUCAAUUAUUUUACUAUCAGCGAAGAAAGAGAUUUUUUUUUGUCGGUCAUGUCUGCAGCGAUUCGUGAAAAACUCAGCCCAACUCGGUGGAAACUCGGUGGUUGUUGUUGAAUGGCAAAACUUAAAGCGAAGCUCGGAAUGAUAGUUCACUCCAUUGGUAACUUCUUCUCUGGCAAAGACCAGCUUCCCUUGUGUGACCCUGCUCUAAAUGCAAGUGGUCUUGACAAAUUUCUUAAAUCAAUAGGAAGAAAUCCCUCAUAUGUUGAUUUGGAGUUGACUGAACAAAAAUUGACAAGAAGGGAAGGUAGAAGCUUUUCUUGUUUGAGGAAGCUUGCAGACAAGAUUACAGUUUCUGGUUACUAUGUGGUUGUUCCGAACUUCUUUUAUGGUGAACCCUAUGAUCCUCAGAAUACUAAUAGACCUUUAGGAGAGUGGCUAAAAGAUCAUGGAACGGUUGGGGAAGAUGUUGUGGGAGAACUAACCAAGUCGAUGCAAAAAAUUGGCUUGGAUAUGCGAGUUUCAGCUCUAGUUAAUGAUACCAUUGGAACACUAGCUGGAGGCAGAUUCUACAAUCAGGAUGUCAUUGCUGCUGUGAUCCUUGGUACAGGGACAAAUGCAGCAUAUGUAGAACGUGCAAAUGCUAUUCCAAAAUGGCAUGGCCCUCUCUCAAAAUCAAGAGACAUGGUUAUAAACAUGGAGUAGGGUAAUUUCCAAUCCUCACAUCUUCCUCUAACAGAAUAUGACGUAGCUCUAGAUGCUGAGAGCUUAAACCCUGGAGAGCAGAUAUUUGAGAAGUUGAUUUCUGGUAUGUAUUUGGGGGACAUUGUAAUGAGAGCUUUAUUGAAGAUGGCUGAAGAAGCUGACUUUUUUGGAGAUACAGUUUCCCCCCAAGUUGAGAGUUCCUUUCAUACUCAGGUAUGCAUGCUAGUUAAUUAUACUCAAGUAUUACAAGAAGCUGUGCUGCCUCCCUUGCAGUGAGAUUUGCGAAUCAUGGGCACCCCACUAUGGUGGUUUCAAUUGACCCUGCUCACUCCUUAAGAGACUCUUUUGCUCAGGUGGUAGGCUUGUUCCGGUUUAAGGAGUGGAGUCACCAUUAUAUGCUCUCAAGUUUCAUACGUUGUCAAAUACUUGAAAUUGCAUCCAAGAGGAAGGUUUCCAGGAACCACGAGAGUUUGAGCCCCCAAACUAAUCAAUUUCUGAAAAUCACAAGAAUCAUGAAAGAUUGGAACGAUCUUCUCGAACCUGAGGAUUUAGAACUUAACAAACAGAUGAGUGAAUUGGGUCUCCCUCUUUCCUUUCACACAACCAAGGAGGGGUGUUGAUGAUGAGUAGGAAUAUCAUGUGAAAUGGAAAGAGCUUCCAUAUGAUGAACGCUAUUGGGAGUUUGAGACAGAUAUUUCAGCAUUACAACCAGAAAUAGAAAGAUUUAAUAAAUUUCGGUCUAGAUCCAGCAAACUUGCCUCUAUGAAGCAAAGAAGCAGUAUUAAGGAUGAUGUUGAAUUGAAGAAUUAGAAUAUGUAAAUUUCAGUCCAGCAAACUUGACUCCUACAUGUCUCUUUUUAUAUUUCUUGAUUUGGUUAUAGAAUUACAAUGUUUUAAUUUGUUUAUGACUUGUUUAUUUAUAGUAUUUUUCUUUUAGUUUGAUAAUACGAUGAAUUUGUUUAUUUUUUGAAA